UUUCUACGCUUUUAGCAUCUUCUAGUUCCAGCCAUAAUUCGGCGAAGUUGUUCCUUUCAUUCGAUCACAGAAUCUCACAGAGGAGGAGUACAUAAAGCUUGACGACGAUGAGCAGCUACAAGUUGGGUGUGGAAGUUGUGAGCGCCCAUGACCUGAUGCCCAAGGACGCGCAAGGUUCUUCCAGCCCCUUCGUGGAGCUUCAAUUCAGUGGCCAGAGAUUUCGUACCACCACCAAGGAGAGAAACCUUAAUCCGGUCUGGAACGAGCGCUUCCACUUCAACAUCCCGAACCUUGGUUCUCUCCCUCAGCUCGCCCUCGAAGCUUCCGUCUACAGCAUGAGCAAAGCUUCACAACCCCGGUCGUUCCUCGGCAAGGUUAGCAUAUCCGGAACCACUUUCGUCCCCUACGCAGAUGCUGUGGUCACGCAGCACCCACUGGAGAAACGUGGAAUGUUUUCGCGUGUAAAGGGAGAGCUCCGCCUCAAAGUGUUCCUCACCGUUGAUCCCUCACCGAAUUCUUCCGACCCUGUUCCCAAAGGUGAUACUCCGAGUCAAGCUUCUCAAGCAGCUGCCAAAGAGGUCGACCAGAAGAAACAAUCUUCUGCUCCGGCCAAAGAGCAACAGAACCCCAAGGUGGUCAUGUUCUCCUCAUCGUCUCCCUCUCAGCAGCCACUGGACUAUGCGCUGAAAGAAACUCGCCCUUUACUCGGUCGUGGUGCUGACAAGCCGGCCACCACGUAUGAUCUCGUGGAGCAGAUGCAGUACCUCUUUGUGCGCGUCGUGAAGGCACGAGAUCUUCCGUCCGGGGACGCUAAAGGAAGUGUUGAAGUGAGAGUGGGUGACUACAAGGGGACUACGAAGCAAUUCGAGAAGCAGCAGAACCCGGCAUGGAAUGAGGUGUUCGCGUUCUCCAAGGAGCGGAUGGAGGCACCGGUUCUUGAGGUGGUGGUGGUGGUCAACGGAAAGGAUGACCCUGUAGGGGUCGUACGCUUUGACCUUACCGACGUCCCGACACGUGUUCCCCCGAAUGGUCCACUGGCUCCAGAGUGGUACCGGCUGGAUGACAAGAAGGGGGAGAAGACGAAGGGCGAGCUCAUGCUCGCGGUCUGGUUCGGAACCCAAGCGGAUGAGUCGUUCCCGGAGGCAGGGCUUCCGGACGCAACGGCUCCCGUCGAUGCCUCUCACAUCAGGUCAAAAGUCUACCAUGCGCCGAGGCUAUGGUACGUCCGAGUCAACGUGAUCGAGGCACAGGAUAUCGUGAUGGCCGACAAGUCCCGGUUUCCCGAUGUCUACGUCAAGGCUCAAGUCGGCAACCAGGAGUCGAGGACGAGUACGGUCGCGACGCGGGCACACAACCCCAUCUGGAACGAAGACCUCAUGUUCGUGGCGGCGGAACCCUUCGACGACGACCUCAUCCUUUCUGUCCGAGACAGCGUGGCACCAAACAAGGACGAGGUCAUAGGCAGCGCCAUCGUCCCUCUGGGGUCCGUCGAGAGGCGGCUCGACGACGGCAUCAUCCAUGGCCGGUGGUUCAACCUAGAGAAGCCUCAUCAGAAGAAGAACAAGGACAAGGACAAGAUUUCUUGCCGGAUUCACCUUCGUCUCUGCCUGGAAGGUGGAUAUCAUGUGCUCGAUGAGUCCGCCAGCUGCAGUAGCGAUCUCAGGCCGACGGCCAAGCAGCUGUGGAAGCCACCGGUGGGGUUACUCGAGCUCGGCAUACUUAACGCAAUGGGGAUUCAUCCCAUGAAGACCCGAGAAGGGAAGGGGACGUCGGAUACCUACUGCGUAGCAAAGUACGGCCACAUAUGGGUGCGUACUCGUACCGUACUCAACAGCCUGUUCCCCAGAUACAACGAGCAGUACAUGUGGGAGGUGUUCGAUCCAGACACGGUUCUCACGAUUGGUGUCUUCGACAAUUGCCACCUGGGGGAGAAGGGUUCUAAUGGCAACAACAAGGACGCGAUGGUCGGCAAGAUAAGGAUACGUCUGUCGACCCUCGAAACAGGCCGUGUGUACACACACUCGUACCCGCUCCUGGUUCUGCAACCCUCGGGGCUUAAGAAGAUGGGCGAGCUCCAACUCGCCAUACGGUUCUCGACCACAUCGUUGGUCAGCAUGAUGUGCAUGUACGCACAGCCCCUGCUGCCAAGUAUGCAUUACGUACGGCCGCUGACCGGGAUGCAGCGGGAGUUUCUGCGGCGCCAGGCCAUCCAAGUCGUGGCCGCACGACUCAGCAGGACGGAGCCACCCCUGAGGAAGGAAGUGGUGGAGUACAUGUGCGAUGUGGACUCUCACAAAUGGAGCAUGCGACGGAGCAAAGCAAAUUACCACAGGCUUCUGUCGGUGGUCGCGGCUGCGGCCGACGGGAUCAAAUGGUUUGGGGAUGUUUGCGCGUGGAAGAACCCCAUCACCACCUCGGUGGUGCACCUGCUGUUCUUACUGCUGGUGUGCUUCCCGGACCUGAUACUGACGGCGAUGUUCAUGUACCUGUUCUUGGUGGGCAUUUGUAACUACAGGUAUCGGCCACGGCAUCCUCCGCACAUGAACACCCAGCUUUCUUAUGCGGAGGCGGCGAUUCCGGAUGAGAUCGAGGAGGAGUUCGACACGUAUCCUAGCGGCGGGAAGCCAGAGGCCGUUCGAAUGAGGUACGACAGGUUAAGGGGAGUCGCUGCAAACGUGCAAACGGUGUUGGGAGAACUGGCGAGUCAAGGGGAGAGGGUGCAGGCGUUGCUCAGCUGGAGGGAUCCACGGGCGACGGUCAUGUUUGUGGUGUUCUGCUUGGUGGCAGCACUUGUGCUGUAUACUACCUCGUUGCAGGUGUUGGCUACCUCUGCAGGCCUCUAUCUCAUGCGCCAUCCCAAAUUUCGAGGUAGGGUUCCUCCUGCACCCGUUAACUUUUUCGUGAGAUUGCCGACGAGGGCGGACUGCAUGAUCUAGAAUUAGAUGGCCUAAUUUG